UAAUACAGGCCCGUAAGCCACGUUCAACUCCGGACCGUUCGACAUCGCCACUCAAUUUACGCACCCUGCCCGGAUCCGCUACAACAUCGCGACCAUGACCGAGGGAGUUAAGGGUCCCGUGGAGGGUUUGAGCGCCCCUGGAACAGGUCACAACCUGAACAACGAUGCACAAACAUCUCAGCGCCCGCCUUCAUCAGCAACUUCAGUUCCCACCUCGGACUCUUCUGAAGAGCAACGGGAGAGAGCGCGGCAGAGUAAUCCCAACGGGUUCUCUCGCAUUCACUCAGGCAUCUCAGUUGAGCAGGCUCAGGCCGACUUCGCGGAACUCCAGAGGGAAAUUUCCGGCUUGUCGCGAGCUAGCCGAGUGAACAGCCAUCACGCGGGUGACCCAGAAAAAGGAAUGAAAGGCGACAUCACCGGAUCAGAAACUUCGGAAGAGGAAUUUAAUCUCGAAGAAGUCCUCCGUGGCGGCCUUAGCGCCGAGCAGGAAGCUGGCAUUAAACCUAAACAUAUCGGCGUCUAUUGGGAUGGACUGACUGUCAAAGGUAUGGGUGGCAUGACCAACUAUGUGCAGACAUUUCCAGAUGCGUUUAUCAACUUUGUGGACUAUUGGACACCCCUCAAGAACCUGCUGGGCUGGGGCCAACAAGGCGUCGAGGCCACCUUGCUAGACAACUUUCGGGGUGUCGUGAACCCAGGCGAAAUGGUUCUUGUCCUGGGUCGUCCUGGGUCCGGAUGUACUACGUUCCUCAAGUCUAUUGCGAAUCAGCGAUGGGGCUACACUGGUGUCACAGGUGAGGUUUUAUACGGUCCCUUCACCGACAAGGAGUUCAAGGAGUACCGCGGUGAAGCUGUAUACAACCAAGAGGACGACAUUCACCAUGCCACUCUAAACGUGGAACAGACUUUGGGAUUCGCUAUCGACACCAAAGUCCCCAAUAAGCUGCCCGCAGGCACUGACAAGGCCAAGUUCAAGAACGACGUCAUCACUACACUUUUGAAGAUGUUCAAUAUUGAGCACACUAGACACACUGUCGUGGGUGACGCCUUAGUUCGUGGUGUCUCGGGCGGUGAAAGGAAGCGUGUUUCAAUCGCCGAGAUGAUGAUUACCAAUGCCUGUAUCUUGUCAUGGGAUAACAGUACUCGUGGUCUGGACGCUAGUACCGCGCUGGAUUUCGUCAAGUCUCUGCGAAUCCAAACCAACCUGUACAAGACCUCAACUUUCGUAUCCCUAUACCAAGCUUCGGAGAAUAUCUAUAGGCAAUUCGACAAGGUACUAGUGAUUGACUCGGGUAGGCAAGUGUACUUUGGCCCUGCGGCAGACGCGAGAGGUUACUUUGAGGGCCUAGGUUUUCUACCGCGUCCACGUCAAACGACACCAGAUUACGUUACCGGAUGUACCGACGAAUUCGAACGUGCCUAUUCAGAUGGAUAUUCGCCCGCCAAUGCGCCGCACAGCCCCGAAACUCUCGCUGAGGCUUUUGAAAAGUCUAAGUUCUCACAGCAAUUAAGCGAUGAGAUGGCUGACUACAAAGCUCGCCUUGAAACUGAGACUGGAAAGCAUGAAGACUUCCGCGUGGCGGUUCUGGAAAGCAAGCGUCGUGGAGCAAAACGAUCAGUCUACAGCGUCGGGUUCCACCAACAAGUAUGGGCGUUGAUGAAGCGUCAAUUCGCCCUGAAAAUCCAAGACAAGCUGGGUCUCUCUCUCUCAUGGCUCCGCAGUAUCAUCAUUGCCAUCGUCCUGGGAACUCUGUUUCUGAACCUCCAAGACACGUCCGGCAGUGCUUUCAGCAAAGGCGGUCUUCUCUUCAUCUCGCUCUUGUUUAAUGCUUUCCAGGCCUUUUCCGAACUCGGUUCAACGAUGACGGGCCGGCCAAUCGUCAAUAAGCACAAAGCCUAUGCCUUUCAUCGGCCAUCAGCCCUGUGGAUUGCACAGAUCUUUGUUGAUACUGCCUUUUCUGCCGUACAAAUCCUGGUCUUCUCCCUCAUCGUGUACUUCUUGACUAAUCUAUCAAGAACGCCUGGCCAUUUCUUCGUGUUCUACCUGCUCGUUUUGGUUGGAAAUAUUGCUAUGACCCUAUACUUCCGUAUCAUUGGAUGUCUCAGCCCUGACUUCGAUUACGCCAUCAAGUUUGCCGUCGUCACUGUCACAUUAUUCAUAUUGACCUCCGGCUAUCUGAUUCAGUAUCAGUCACAACAGGUCUGGCUCCGUUGGAUAUUUUGGAUUAAUGCGCUUGGUUUAUCAUUCGCGGGCUUGAUGGCUAAUGAAUUCUCUGGUACCGAAAUGACUUGCUCGGCUGAGUCGCUUAUUCCAUCUGGCCCUGGUUAUGAUGACAUUCGAUACCAAGUGUGCACCCUCGCUGGCUCCAAACCUGGAACCCAGACCGUUUUGGGCUCCGACUACAUUACACAGGGAUUUAGCUACCACCCUCAGGACUUGUGGCGAAACUUCGGCAUUAUCAUAGCCAUCAUUGUUUUCUUCCUCAUCAUGAACGUCCUUCUUGGAGAAUUGGUCAAGUACGGAAUGGGAGGUAAUCAAGCCAAAGUUUUCGCCAGACCAAAUGCGGAGAGAACGGCACUGAACGAAGCGCUCAACAACAAGAAGCUCGCACGUCAAAAGUCGAAGACGACUGAGGAGAGCUCGGCUUUGAAGAUCGAGUCUGAGAGCAUCCUCACAUGGGAAGACCUCAACUAUGAUGUACCUGUCCCUGGAGGUACUCGACGGCUCCUCAAUAGCGUUUAUGGCUACUGUAAACCCGGCGAACUCACUGCACUUAUGGGUGCAUCGGGAGCUGGUAAAACCACUCUUCUGGAUGUAUUGGCUUCUCGAAAGAACAUCGGUGUUAUUCACGGUGACGUUCUUGUUGACGGAUCCAAGCCUGGUAAGGAAUUUCAACGGUCGACCUCUUACGCUGAACAACUGGACAUGCACGAUCCCACCCAGACGGUUCGCGAGGCCCUGCGAUUUUCAGCCGAUCUCCGUCAAGCUUACGAAACCCCACAAUCCGAGAAGUAUGCCUACGUCGAGGAGAUCAUUGCGCUAUUGGAAAUGGAGCAUAUCGCAGAUUGUAUCAUUGGUACCCCUGAGGCUGGUCUCACUGUCGAACAACGCAAGCGUGUCACUAUCGGUGUUGAGCUGGCAGCUAAGCCGCAGCUACUUCUCUUCCUCGACGAGCCGACCUCUGGGCUCGACAGUCAAAGUGCUUUCAACAUUGUCCGAUUCUUGAAGAAGCUGGCUGCUGCCGGCCAGGCUAUCCUCUGCACCAUCCAUCAGCCGAACGCAGCACUUUUCGAAAACUUCGACAGACUUCUCUUAUUGCAGCGAGGUGGUCGUUGUGUGUAUUUCGGUGACAUCGGCAAGGAUGCCCAUGUUCUCCGUGAUUACCUCGCCCGCCACGGCGCCGUUGCUGGCCCAUCCGACAACAUUGCUGAGUAUAUGCUGGAGGCUAUUGGUGCUGGUAGCAGCGCGCGCGUGGGCAACAAGGACUGGGGUGAUAUCUGGAACGACAGCCCUGAACUGGCUAACGUCAAGGACAAGAUCUCCCAGUUCAAGGAAGAGCGCAGAAAGGCCGCUGCUGAGAUUGAUCUCAGUUUGCAGAAGGAAUUUGCUUCGCCGCUCUGGCACCAGAUCAAGACUGUUGUCUAUCGUACAAACGUCUCCUAUUGGCGCUCUCCUAACUAUCUCUUCACUCGCGUCUUCAACCACAUUGUUAUCGCUCUCCUAACGGGUCUGACAUAUCUACAGCUCGACGAGUCUCGGUCUUCACUGCAAUACAAGGUCUUUGUCAUGUUCCAGGUUACCGUUCUUCCCGCCUUGCUUCUGCCCCAGGUUGAGCUCAUGUUCGUCAUCAAGCGCGCCAUCUUCUUCCGAGAACAGCUCAGCAAAAUGUACAGCACCUUUACGUUCACUCUCAGCAUGGUCCUGGCCGAGCUUCCAUACUCUAUCUUUUGCUCCGUCCUCUUUUUCCUGCCUCUCUACUUCAUCCCUGGCUUCCAGUCGGAGGCCUCGCGUGCCGGUUACCAGUACUUCAUGGUCCUUAUCACCGAGCUGUUCGCCGUCUCGCUUGGUCAAGUGCUCGCCGCUAUCUCGCCCUCAGCCUUCGUCUCGAGCCAGUAUGAUCCUUUCAUCGUGAUCACAUUUGCCCUGUUCUGCGGUGUCACCAUUCCUUAUCCUCAGAUGCCCGGUUUCUGGAAAGCCUGGCUAUACCAGCUUGACCCCUUCACGCGUCUCAUCAGCGGUACCAUCACUACCGCCCUUCACGAGCUUCCCGUCAAGUGCACCAGCCGCGAGUUGAACGCCUUCGUCGCACCACCUGGAGAGACCUGCGGAUCGUACAUGGAGAAGUUCUUUGAGCUCGGCGCGGGAUAUCUCGUCAAUAACGAUACCUCUAACUGCGAGUACUGUGCCUACAAGAGCGGCGACCAGUUCUACCAGGCCUUCGAGUACACCUUCGACACUAGGUGGAGGGAUCUCGGUAUUUUCAUUGCAUUCGUGGCGAGCAACACAAUUAUCCUGUUCGUUGCUACCCGCUUCUUGAACUGGAACAGACGAUAAAUCAACGCUAUCGUCUUAUCUAAGCUACAAAAUAUC